UGCAACGCGGAGUUCCGCCCACUCGCCACUCCCACAAGGCACUACGUGUGCGCAGCUGCACUUACGUGUAGUCGUGGCGCCAGUCUCGCAUGAUGAGACUUCUGGGGUUGGGGUUUUGUGAAACACCGGAGGCUAGGAGCCUGCACUUACCAGUUUUGCGGGAGGAGUGAGUAGCGAUUCGGGACUGGGGACUGUUUUAGGGAAAUUGGGCUGCUGGGCAGUGUAAAGGCUGUGUAGGGAGAGAGAACAUGCAGGCACCCUAUUGCUCUGUCAUCAGGUAGCUGGGACUGGGAGUAGCAGUGACAACUUGUAGCUUUGCACAGGGGACUUUAGUGCUGCAGUGCCAGGUAUGUGUGCUUGGUAUUGAUUGGCACAGGAGGUUGUAGCAUUGCAUAGUGCCAGGUAUGUGUGCUUGGUAUUGAUUGGCACAGGAGGCUGUAGUAUUGCAUAGUGCCAGGUAUGUGUGCUUGGUAUUGAUUGGCACAGGAGGUUGUAGCAUUGCAUAGUGCCAGGUAUGUGUGCUUGGUAUUGAUUGGCACAGGAGGUUGUAGCAUUGCAUAGUGCCAGGUAUGUGUGCUUGGUAUUGAUUGGCACAGGAGGCUGUAGUAUUGCAUAGUGCCAGGUAUGUGUGCUUGGUAUUGAUUGGCACAGGAGGUUGUAGCAUUGCAUAGUGCCAGGUAUGUGUGCUUGGUAUUGAUUGGCACAGGAGGCUGUAGCAUUGCAGAGUGCCAGGUAUGUGUGCUUGGUAUUGAUUGGCACAGGAGGUUGUAGCAUUGCAUAGUGCCAGGUAUGUGUGCUUAGUAUUGAUUGGCACAGGAGGUUGUAGCAUUGCAUAGUGCCAGGUAUGUAUGCUUGGUAUUGAUUGGCACAGGAGGUUGUAGCACUUUUUAAAGUCAGGUGUAUAUGGGCACAUAGGACUGAGGUGCUGCAUUGUGGCAACUAUUGUUGGCACAGGCUUAUAGCUCCGGCAGUAUAGGUGGUCCAAGGAGUCUACUCCAGGUGGUUAAAGUCACGAUAGUGCAGUGACACCCAAACUGCUGCUUUUAUAAUGGCAUCCCCCAAAGUCCUGUGUGUCCCUCUGCUCUCCCUCCUUGCUGUGCUGGCCGCAUACUGGUACCACCAGGUGGAUGACAACAGCCUGCAGAACAGAUUGGACAAUGUCCUGUCAUCGCUUCUCCGAGCUGAACAGAAAGUUGGGCUGGAUUCCCACCAGCCUCCUCGUAUAGCAAUAGGAUUUGGAGGAUGUCUGGAUAUAAUAGUAGAUGGAGUAGCUCUGUUGGAUGAAGCAGGAAUUGAACCCAGCUACAAUCCGAUACAUCACAAUUACAUUGAGACAGAGGCCCAGUUGGCUGAGAGCUUUGCCUACUUCUUCCCACCAGGUGCAGCUUCAGAGAGAUAUGUAUCCAAUGAGACAUUGUUUAAGAAACUAGUAGACACCUCUAAAAGGCUCACGGAAAUGCGCUGGGCCCUUGGUGGAAACGCGCCAGUCAUGGCUAAUCGUUUAGCCACAGAGGGAUGCGAUGUUUUACUUGGUGGUCGCCUUAGUCCAGAAGAAAUUAGUGUGCUUUCUGAACGAAUCACAAUUGCUGGUGAGCCCAUAAAUGAUCCUGAUAUUCACUUGAUUAUGGAAUAUCCAACAGGAGCUAAAUGGGGAAAACACAUGUCUCGAAGGGCUAACAGGUAUAUAGUACACAGUGAUUCCCACAAUCCCAUGAUUGAUUCCUUGGAAGACUUUAAAUCCCAGCUGCAAAGCUUCAAUCCAGAUUUGCUGGUCAUUGGAGGGCUCCAGAUGAUGGACAGCUUUCCUUUUAAGUCAGGACAACGUGAAUCUAGGCUAAAGGCAAUGCAGGAACUUCUAUUGUCGAUGGACUCAAAAAUCGGCUCCCACUUUGAAAUGGCCUCGUUUGUGGAGCAGAGCCUAAUGAAGGACUUACUUGAAUAUGUCAUACCUUAUUCUGACUCUCUUGGAAUGAAUGAACAAGAGCUCCCUAAUCUACUUAGCCUGAUCAAGGGUGGAAAUAUUACAGUACUUUCAGACCCUUACCCACGAGUAGCAUCAAUUCUUGACCAAAUGCGUGAACUUUACCAGCUCCUUAGAUCACAGGAGCAUAAGGAAGGCCAGCGCUCUCUCACCAGGUUACAUGUCCACACCUUGGCUUUCCAAGCCAUGAUGGUCACCAAGGAUUCCAUGUGGAAGAAUACAAUGUCUGCCACUGCAAAAGCAUCCUUAACUGCCAACCGCCACGUGUGUGGUUCCUCACAAAUUGACACACGUAAAGCUAAAUUAAUUAUGGAUGACUCGUUCUCUGUUAGCCGAGAGAUGGGAAGUCAGAGGAUACCCUUUCAGGAAAGUCGCCCCGUGUCUUGCUGGGAAGAAGACAACUAUGAGAUAUGUUUAGCCCCAGUGCUGGUGUGUACUGAGGUUUUCCAGACAGCAGGUGGAGGAGAUAAUAUUUCUGCAGCAGGGCUUGUGCUACAGAUUUAACUUGACUAUAGCUGCUCACACCUUCAGAAACAUUCCUUACAACAGAACUAUUUUCCUAGGGUAAAUUGUUAUUGGUAAGAUGGUGUUAAGAGUAAAGGAAACUACAGCAUUUUUAAUGAACUGAGCCAUUUUUUUUUUCAUUAAAUAAGUUGUCAAUGUGAAAAAGGUCUUGCACAUGCAGAACUACAUUCUGUGAAUUUGUUUUUAUGUUUUAGAAUGUAAGUUUAUCAUUCCAAGUAAGCAUUCCUUGCAUGUUCUAUUGAUUUUGAGAUGCUAUGGACCAAGUUUGCAUUCCUUAUUUGGGAAAUUGAGGUCACCACUUCUAUUAUAAUCCAGAUGUUGUAAACUUCAGAACUCGUUUUACUCGGGGGGGAGGGGGGGGGAAUAUCUCAAGACUGACCAAAUAAGUUGCACCUGGGAUAGAUAAUGAGGAAACCGGUAAUUCAACAAGAACCAAAUAGACAUGCAUCAUUGCAUUGGUAAGUUUACUAUACACCUAUUGUGUAUAAUAUUAAAUGAUAUAUUUUUAUUGCAGCACAACAAUGCAACUGACUUUGCUCCAAAAAAAAAUGUGUAGGCUGUGUCAAACAUUAAUGCACUACCCUUCAGCUAUGCCAUCUGCGCCCUCCUCUCAAAACGUUUGCUUGUUAAAAAAAAAAAAAAUCCUUACAAAGUGAAUGUUAUGUUCUGUAGUACAUCUGUUAUUACUUUGCCUUUACUUGAAGUUUCUUUUUUUUUUAUUUUAAAUGAAAGUCGAAUGAUGAAGUAAAACACCUGUAAUGACAUGGUAAGAGGAGAAAUACAUUUAUUGUUGAAAUGCUUUGAUAGCAGAUGCAACCUUGUUUCUUCUAUGUAGUUGGAAUAAAGUGU